UCCUCGCCGAGCAGCAGGCGCCACCGACGGCGCCGGCCAGAUACUAACCCUCGCCUCUCGACGCUGACGUCGUCGUGGACGCCGAAACGAGAGCCGCGGGGUCGGCCAGGGCGCCGAGACAGGGCGUCGCCGAGGUGAUAACAAAUAGCCCCAAUUACAAAUUUGUACGAAGGUGUACAGUCGCGAGCGGGUCGGGUCGGGAUGCCCCCCGCCCCCUCCCGGCCGGCGCCAUGAGGACCGUGGCGGAGGAGUAUGGGAGCGAGUUCGGCGCGGCGGACGACAGCAGUGGCUCGGAGCAGCCCGUGCCCAGGGUCCCCAGCCGGACGCUGCCCCGGCGCGGCCAGGCCGGGGGGCCUCGGCUGGACCCCGUCUGGGAGCCGAGGGACUCCUUCACCUCCUUCUCGUCCUCGUCGGGAGCCAACGGAGGCGGUGGUGGCGCCGGCGCCGCCAGGACCAACGAAAGGCACCUCAUCUUCCUCGAGCCGCCCUCGUCGUCCAGCAUGGACCGCCGCGGAUGGCGGCGGCCUUCGGCGCCUUCCAUCUUUCACCACAUCGAGACGGCGCUUGGUCGGCGGCCCAGCGUGACGCCCGCCCCGGCGGUCACCGUGUUGCCGUCCGCGCCGGCGCCGGCGCCGACCUCCAUCCUGCGCUCGACGGCCGCCUCGCCGGCCAUGGACGUGACGCCCAUCCAGCACGCCUGCGGCACCGUGGCGCUCCGCCGACCGUCCGCCGUCGUCCUCAUGUCCCACCACUCGCCCGACGAGCAGCGCAGGCUGAUGGACUCACCGGACGUGGACUUGGACAGAUCCAACCACUCGUUCACACCUCUGUCGGUCAGCGACGAGUACCUGAAGGUCACGCCCAAAUUCGACGAUACGAUAACAGUGUAUCUGUCCGCUAUGUAUGCCAAACUACUCGUGACCCUUGGCAUAGCAUUUCCUAUCUUGGAGACAAUUUACGAAGAGGGUAAAUAUUAUCAGGGUUUCUACUUGUACCUUUACUUCGGCACGUUCUUCUUCCUGUUAUUCAUGUACGGCAACGUGCUGAAGAAGAGGGCGGUCAUCUUCCUCGUCAACACGUACCGACGCAAAGGAAGCCAGCCACGGCCCAGCAUUGACUCGACGCUGUCCGGAAUAGCGAGGCCGGGGCCCCGGAAGCACUACGGCAGCUUCUACCUGCGCCUCGGAGCCAUUGCGUUCGGCAUCGGCAGCAUGGUGUACUCGGGCCUCGAGUUCGGCCAGUUCUUCGAGCUCCGCACCGACUGCCGCUUCGCCACGCAGGCGCUGACCCCGGCGGCGCGCAUGGUGCUCACGCUGGUGCAGAUGCAGUUCAUCUUCCUCAACAACAGGGAGAUGGACAUGCUGCGCCACAAAGUGGUGGCGCAGUUCGGCCUCAUGCACAUGAUCGCCACCAACCUGUGCGAGUGGCUCACCGUCAUCAUCGAGGAGGCCAAGCACGAGAUCCACCACCUGCACCUCGUCGGUGGCCUGGCGUCCCUCAACGACAGCCUCACUGAGGAUGGCGGCGGCCACCACCACCACGUCGCGACGCGCAGCUCGCACGACGGCCCACACGACGCCGUCGACGAGUGCAUCGCCUCGGACAUCCUGGGCGCGCUGGUGCGGAACGCGUCCCCGUUCCUCUUCCCGUGCACCAUCGAGUACUCGCUCAUCUGCGCCGUCGUGCUCUUCGAGAUGUGGAAGGUGACGCACCGCGACCACGCCGGCGGCCACGGGCACGGCCACGGGCACGGCCACGGCAACAGGGAGAGCCGCGAACCGGAGUCUCCGCACGAAAAUGGACGCUCGGCGAGCCACCUCUCCCUGGACUGCACCAAGGCGCACAAGGGCCUGUUCGCCGGCAUCGUCGUCGUCGUGCUGACCAUCAUCAGUCUCAUCCUGUUCUUCGUGCUGAACGAGGCGCCCGGCUUCAGCGACGUGGCCAUGCACGUGGUGAUCGUGUGCGAGCUGGGGCUGUACGUCGUCACGACCCUCGCCGUGCUCAUGGCCUGCUACCAGAUCCGCGCCCUCAAGUACAUCAAGAAGACCGGCGGACUCGGCCUGGACAACACGCUGCUCGUGAUGGCCCAGGCGGGCGUCUUCCUCUACAACGUCUUCUCGGUGCUGGCGUACAGCUCGACGGGCGCCAUGCCGCGCCUGCUCGUGUCGGAGCUCAUCGCCCUCAUCCAGACCAUCUGCCAGACCAUCUUCGUGCUGGACGCGACGCGCCGCCGCUGCAGCAGCCCGCGCGAGCACCGGCGCAAGCCCGGCCGCCAGAUGGUCACGUUCCUGCUCGUGGCCAACAUGGCGAUGUGGUGCGUCAACACGAUGGAGAAGUCGCGCGCCCGUUCGCGGCCCAACCUGAUGAAGUUCUACGGCGAGUGGCCGUGGACGCUCAUCGUGCACAUCUCGAUGCCGCUCGCCAUAUUCUACCGCUUCCACUCUACCAUCUGCCUGUUCGAGAUCUGGAAGGUGUGCUACAAGCUGAAGCAGCAUCCGCAGAGCAUGGCGCUGGGCCUCCGCAAGCACACGGACUCUGAGCGCAGCGACCGCGAGGGCACCGGAUGAGCGAUGCAAUUACUCGACGAAACGAAAAGACAUCGCAUCGCCCGAAAUGCACUUUUUGAAAAAAUGUGUCAUCUUUGCCCCACACUUAUGUUUUUUUUUGAUGAGCGGUGAUAAUUGUGUUACAUUUUUACGCUAUCGAGACCGUGGAAGAAUCUAAAAACAGUGCUACUUGAAUAAUACGGCGGUGAAUCCAUGUUCAUUUAACACAGGAAAGAAAGUAUGUUGCACAAGGUUGAAGGUUGUGCGUUGUAAAACACAAAGACGUCCACUUAGGACCUGAUAUUGUGUUUACCAUUGUGCCUGCUGUUUGUUUUUUACAUUAAAGAGUACGAAAUGAGGACUUUGCCGCUAAUAA